AUGCUGCGUUGGCUGGCGCGUCCGGCGGAGCGCUGCCUGGGCCGCAGCGCCUGCGGCUGCGGCGGUGGCGGUAGCGGUGGCGGCGGCGAUGGGGACGGGAUGCUGUGGCACGCGGAGCUGAAGCCGCACGCCUCCGGGGAGUACUCCAUCGCCGUGGCGCAGGCGAACGAGAGGCUGGAGGACCAGGGCCAGGUGGUGACCUCGCCGGCACUCACCUUCGUCGGGGUGUACGACGGCCACGGCGGGCCCGAGGCCUCGCGCUUCCUCUCCUCCCGCCUAUUCCCGCACCUCCACAAGUUCUCAUCCGAGCAAGGAGGCAUGUCGGCAGAUUCGAUCAAGAAGGCGUUCCGUGCUACGGAAGAGGAGUUCGUGCAACUAGUCAAGGGUUCAUGGUUAAAACGCCCAAAGAUCGCCACGGCCGGCUCAUGCUGCCUCGUCGGAGUAAUCGCCGACAAUGCCCUGUAUGUCGCCAAUUUGGGCGAUUCCAGAGCUGUCCUUGGCCACAGAGGACCUAAUGGCCGUGGGGUAGUGGCUGAGAGGCUAUCCAAGGACCACAAUGUCGCCGACGAGGAGGUGCGGAAGGAGGUCAGCGAGCAGCAUCGUGAUGAUCCGCGUAUAGUCGUCUUGGCCAAGGGAGUUUGGCGGAUUAAAGGCAUUAUUCAGGUUUCAAGAUCAAUUGGGGACGUGUAUCUGAAGAAGCCUGAACUUUCCAGAGACCCUCUAUUCCAGCAACAUGUGUGUCCUGUUUCACUGAAGCGGGCCGUCAUAACAGCCGAGCCAUCGAUCAAAGUACGCCAGAUACAACAGCAGGACCUCUUCGUAAUAUUCGCAUCGGAUGGUCUGUGGGAGCAGCUCACUGACAAAGCAGCGGUCGAUAUCGUCUUCAAGAAUCCAAGAGCGGGAAUAGCAAAGCGUCUGGUGAGGGCGGCUAUAUCCGAAGCCGCGAGGAAGAGGGAGAUGAGAUACGCCGACAUGCAACGGGUCGAGAGAGGGAUCAGGCGGCAUUUCCAUGACGACAUCACAGUCGUGGUUGUAUACCUCGACAAGCACAGGCACGGCACGCAACCGAAGAUGAGUAACUUGAACAGUUUCAGGUUCACCAAUGCACCGGUGGACAUCUUCUCCGACGGCUCGGAUGAGCCUCAGCACCACCCCCAAAGGCUGAAUCAUGCAACCAACGGUGCCGUGAGCUAGUGUUGUGUCUUCAAGAGGAGGGUAGAUAGUGAAAAGAAGAUGAAAUUUUCUUUCCAGGCACAUAGACUGAGGACAAGAAUCUCGUUACAUCUUUUAGAAAGAGAACCAAAUGUGGGAUGCAUUCCCAGGUUCAAUGUUUUGCUUUCUUUUUGUACAUAUAUUGUGUGUAUAUAUAAUCAAACCAAUCCCCAGCCAAUAUCUCAUCUCUAGGUAAGUUGAUGUUUCUAGACAAGAA